GUAGACACUUCCUGGUAAGUUUGCGACAUUGAACACUGUGGGUGCUGGAGGGAAUACAGAAGUACAAGUAGAAGUGCACUGGCUGAGCUGCAGCGCAGAGGAAAGAGGGCUCAAAGUAAGGAAAAGCCACUCCAAGUUGUGGGGAGACCUGCCAUCGCACUACCAGAUACCCCACUGAAGGCUCCUGAGGAGCCAUGUCUCUGGCUGAGACGAUCCAGCUAUGGCAUAACGGGGUGCGCGCUGCCGAUCAGAAGGACUGGAGAGCAGCGCUGGAGGCCUUCACUUCAGUUCAGAACCCCUCCUCCAAACUCUGCUUUAACAUUGGCUCCAUUCAUCUGAUCCUGGGGAACUUGGCUGAGGCAGAGCAGGCAUUUGCCAGGAGUAUUAACUGCGACAAGCACUUGGCUGUGGCCUAUUUCCAGAGAGGGACAGUAUUUUACAAGAGAGAAAACUAUGAUUCAUCAGUCGAAGACUUUAAAGAAGCACUGGCUCAGCUGCGAGGGAACCUGCUGAUAGACUAUAAGAUCCUAGGGCUGCAGUUCAGGCUGUUUGCUUGUGAGGUGUUAUACAACAUAGCUCUGGUCUACGCCAAACUGGAGGACUGGAAAAAAGCAGAAGAGCACCUCAUCUUGGCAAUGAGCAUGAAGAGCGAGCCUCGACACAACAAGAUUGAUAAGGCUAUGCAAGCCAUUUUGAAGCAACAAUUAUUUGAGCCAGUGGUGAUCCCCCUGGGGAAGCUGUUUAGGCCAAAUGAGAAGCAAGUGGCUCAGCUGGAGAAGAAAGAUUACCUGGGAAAAGCUACGGUUGUGGCAUCUGUGGUUGACAAGGAUAAUUUUUCAGGGUUUGCGGCACUUCAGCCACAGGCCUCAGAUCCUCCACCCCGACCAAAGACACCAGAAAUCCUCAGGGCUUUGGAAGGAGAACCUCACAGAGUCCUGUUCGAGUUCACGCCCGAGACUUCUGAGGAACUGGCAGUCCUUCCAGGGAACAUCGUCUUUGUCCUGAAGAGGGGAAUUGACAACUGGGCCACUGUUAUAUUCAACGGGAAGAAAGGGAUUGUUCCAUUCAACUACCUUGAGGCGGUGGAGCUACAGAACAAACCUCACCAGUGGGAGGAAAAAUCCCCAGAGCUCGACAUUCCUGACCCACCCAGUUUCAAUGCUCCAGAAAAGCCCAGGCAGGCAGCACCAGAUCACGCUCCUGUUACUUCUGACAAACAGCAGAUGAAAGAGCAAAAGGUGGGAGACUCAGCUGUUCCAACCCCAUACAUUCUCAAGGUGCACUACAAGUACACGGUAGCAAUGGAAGCUAGACCUCAACUCGCCUACAGAGAGAUUUUGGACAUGGUCUGCAAGAAGCUGGAACUUUCGACACAGCACACAACACUGAGGUACCAGCCUGCAGGUAGUGGUGAGCUCAUGGUUCUGAGUGAGGAGAGCAUGAAGACAGCCUGGAGCCACGCUAAAGACCACUGCCUGACUCUGUGGUGCGGCAGCACAGAGGGAGAUCAAGAUUUUCCGGGAGAUGGCAAAACAGAGGAAGCUACCCAGAAAGCAACAUCAGAAGAGGAAUUAGCAAACAGAGUAGUAGCGCAAUACAGUUAUGAAGCCACCCAGCCAGAGGACCUAGAAUUCCAGGCAGGAGAUGUGAUACUCAUCCUAUCCAAAGUGAAUGAAGACUGGUUAGAAGGCCAGUGCAAUGGGAAGGUUGGUAUUUUCCCAUCAGCUUUUGUUCAGAAGUGUGAUGAUAAAAAAGACACCGAAAUUAAUUCGGUAGAACCCUGAAGAGCCCAGGACAUACAAGGAAGCCUAACAGUUUCUAAAGUUGCAUACAAGAAGUCUCAUCUCAUCAUCCGCUGCAUUUAAAAACAGACUCAAGUGUAAUUCUGGAGUGUAAAAAGGCUGUACGUUUCUUUGUUUCA